ACCUGAAAAUUUCAUCCAAAUUGAAAUCUGAUCAUGAAGACCCUAGGUCAGAAUUGUCAGGGCUAUCGAAUGGUGUAUGAUUCGACUACUUUUGAAUCUGCUCCGUUUUUGCCUUAGCGGCACCUUAACUAAAAAGAGAAUGACGUCGCAUAUUUGCUAUUGUGUGUAUGGCAUAUUCUUUUUCUCCUACAACAGAUUUCUCAAUUGAAAGGCAGUAUACUUCUUGUCCCUUUUUUUGCCAGAAAAACGCCCCACACAGACUGAUAAAAACCUCCAUAGCUCAGGAAGCUGAUAGAAUGUUCUGAGAGGCUAGCAGAGAUGGGUUUAUGACGUAGCAAGGAACCUGUAUUAUUUAAAACCUUUCAGUUCAUGACAACAACAGCGUAAGGAUUCUAUAACUUUCAUUGAUCUCUAGCGGAUAUUGGUUUUGUGUAAACCCUUGCAACACGUUGCUUUGUCGCGCCAGAAGUGUGGGAUAUUUCUUGUUUCUUGCUCAGUACUUUUCGCACAGAAUCUAGCAGUCUUAUGCCUGCUUGCUUUUAUAUAGGUUUAUAUUUCACUAUCUCAUUCUUAAUUUGAAGUCAAAGAUACAAUCUCUUGCAAAAGUUCCUUCGAUUUUAAAAAACGCUGAGUCUGUCAAAGUAUUUGCAAAAGCGGGUAUAGAUUUUCCAUUUUCACUUUAGAAACAUUACGUCAAGUGCUGAAGAAUGACCAACAAAUCCGUCUAUUCGACAAACUGAAUGAUCUUGGUUCAUAUUAUGCCGCUGAAGCAGCCAGGGAAGAUAGCUUACGUAAUUAUCCUAGCAAAAGCGAAUUAUGUGAUGGCAAAAUUGAUUUUCACCAGAAUAUCAGCGAUGCUGCAACAGAAUCUGUGCAAGUGAAGAAGCGGAAGAAAUAA